GCCAUGUUGUUGCCAGGAAACAUGGACUGACCAUACAUUCUAUGACAUCAUCACUUCUGUCCCUUUGUGACAUCAUCAGCAGCCUUUGAAUCUACAGACUUCAGCAAAUAAUUCCAUUCCUUCAGAAUCCUGAUAGUGAAUGCAUCUCUUGAGUCACUCUCUUGCGUGUUGAGAAAAACCCAGUUUUUCAAAGAGCAAAGAGAAAUCAGUCCAGUCAUCUCUUAAAGAAGAUUUGUUUUGAAAACCAACAAAUCUGUUACCUACAGUCUGUCAGCAGACGUUCAUCUGUGGAGAUUAGCUGCCGUCGGAAAGAAUCGCUGACAUUUAUCAGCUCUUCAUUCAGCGACAGCAAAUCAGGUGGAGACACGAGACAACAGCCGAUUUUAAAACUUCUUAAAAGUGAGACAGCCGUUGAAGAAAACACCAGAGCUGUUGUCAUGAUGUCAGAGGUGGAGUUUCAUGCCGCCUUAGGCGCCAAAAACGAGAAGAUCUCAGCUCUUCAACAAGAAAACGCUGCAUUAUCAGAAAGCUUGAAGAGUCUCGCCUCUGAGCUUCGUAAAAUGGAGGUAGUGCACCAACAUGAGGACGACCGGGAGAAAAAGGCUUUAAGAGACGAAGUGAUGAGGUUGACUCAGAUUGUAGAAAAGCAGCAAACUGAGCAUGAAGACGACGUUGCUGUUCUGUAUGAUGAGCGGAUUAAGACAAACAAAGACCGCCGAGAUGCCAUCAGAAGGGCCGAUCAGCUGAAAGUAUCUCUGAUCGCAGAAAAGAACAAAACAAGAGAGAUUGAGAUCUGUUCGGCCAAGCAGAUGGAGGAAAUCUCUAAAUUACAAGCUGCUCUGGUCAAAGUGGAGAGCAAUUUGGAGGAACAAAGACGACAGUGGGAGCAGGAAAAACUCCGUCUUCUGACCAAUAACCAAGAAACAUCUGAGGUGGAACAGCUGAAAUAUCAGCUGCAGGAGCAGACAGUUAAGCAUGAAGAUCAGGUUGCUGCUCUGUAUAACGAGCUGAUCAGGAAGAACAAGGAGAGUCAAGAUGCCAUCAAAAGGGCCGAACAGUUGAAGGAAGACCUGACUGAAGAGAAAAAGAGAGCAAAAGAGGCCGAGGACUGCUUAGCCCAGCAAAAAGAGGAGACAUCUAACCUCCAGGCUGCUCUGGUCCUCAUGGAGAGAACUUUGGAGGACCAGCGGCGGCAGUGGGAGCAGGAAAAAUCCCAUCUUCUGACCAAAGAACAAGAAAGAGAUGAGCUGGAGCAGCUGGUGAAGCAGUUAGAGUCCCAGAAAGCUGAGGCAGAACAGGAGAUAGCUGCUCUGCGUUUGGAGCAGCAGAAAAACAACCAAAGUCAUCAAGAUGCUGCAAGAAAAGUCGUUCAACUGGAAAUUGCUCUGGUUGCUGAGAAGAUCAGAACAAAGGAGGCUGAGAACUGCUUGGCUGAGCAAGUGAAGGAAACCUGUGAAAUAGAGGCUGCUUUGGUCAAGAUGGAGCAAGACUUGGAGAACCAGAGACAGCUCUGGGCCCAGGAAAAGUCCAGUCUUCUGACAAAGCAGCAGAGAGCUGUGAGAAAUGUGGAAGCAGCUAGGAAAGACGUUCUGGAGGUUCUGCAUGAUGAAAGGCAGGAGUGGCAAACAGAGAAGUCCUGCCUUCUAGAGAUGGUUGCAACAACAAAUGAGCUUCUGACAGAGGCGGAGGUGAAGAGAAAAGCUUCAACACUGAACCUGAUAGAGAAACUGAAAAACCUGCAAAAGGAGAUGGACAAAUUACAAGAAAGCAAACCCAAAAAGAAGUCUUUCAGGAGAAAAAUCGCCAAGUUCUUUAAAAUGUCUAAAAAGGCUCCAUCUCAGUCUGAAAACUGAUCACUGCUGAACCUCAUGAAGCCUCCUCCUACCAAACCAUCAAACUGACAGAAGGUUCUAACUUUUAACCCCUUACCUUAACCCCCUUUUGAAAAUGGCAACCAUUGCAAAAUGUCUAGCAUUCCUCGGCACAAAACUAUUGAAAAGUUUCUAAAUUAAAAAGUUGUGGCUCCCUACCAGGGUAACUAGUUUUAUCCUGGUGAGUGGAGUGGGGCUGCACGGUGCAGCAGUUGUUAGCACUGCUGCCUCGCAGCAACAGAUCUGGCUGCAUGGAGUUUGGACGUUCUCCCCGUGCAGCGUGGGUUCUCUCCGGGUGCUCCGGCUUCCUCCCACAGUCCUAAAAAUGUACCUUUUAGGUUAAUUGGUCUCUGUAAAUUGAUCACAGGAAGUGACUCUGUGCCUGCAUGGUUGUUUAUCCCCUGUCUGUGUCGCCCUAUGGUUGACUGGAGACCUGUCCAGGUUAUUCCCCACCCCCUCUGAAGCUUUCUUUGUCUUUUUCAUUUAGUCUUCCUCUUAAAAUAUAUUCAUAAUAAAAAACAUUUAAAA